GUGAUUGGUGGUGACGUUUCGGAAAAGCAAGAUGGCGUUUUUGGUAAUAGUGGACGCAUUGGUAGCGAGGCUUUAUUUUCCCGAAAUUUAGAGGAAAAAAAUAUGAAAUAAAGACUGGGGAUUAUCCAGACUGGUACUAUAAUCCCUUUGAGACACAUUUGGGUCCUUGAAACAACGUUUGUUUGGAAAUAUCGACACGGAAACGUUAUCUAAUAAGGUGGUAAAAUGGAAGCCGCAGUGAGUGACACAAAUGAGAGUCAGCCCGAGGCUUCCCCCAAGCACGAGGAGGGCGUUUCUGGAGACUUAAACAGUGCUAGUGAACUCACUCAUAGUGAUAAAGACGUGACUAGUGACAAGGAAUUAACGUGGGAGAAAAUCGCAGCUGAAUUUACUGAAGAAGAAGAAGAAGUAACGGAGGAGACUCCAAGUCAAGUCGCAGAAGAGGUGGCUCCUCCACCUGAACCGGAAGUUGUACAGGAAACUGUGAUAAACACUGUGACUGAAGAAAAGGUUGAGCAACAAGUGGAGACUCCCGAAGGUGAAAAAGAAAGUGAACCUCUAAUUAGUGAGGAGACAACGGCAGUUGAGGAGCCCUCAAGUCAACAAUCCGAGGUAGCUGUCGAUGAAGUGGUUGAAGACCCAACUACGGAGCUUGACAAACCUGAAGAAUCAAUUGAAAUUAGGGAAUUGAAGCCUGAGGAGCCAGUAAUCGGCGAAGUUGUGGAGGACCUGGAGUACACUGUUGUUGAGGCUGAGGAAGUUGAAACUCAUGAAAUAAUCGCAGAACAUUUGGCUCAGAGUAACCCCACCAGCGAGACUGUUGUUAUUAUUAAUCCGGACGAGUCCCAAACUGAAAUCACUAUAGAACAUCUGGAGGAAAGUGAGACAACUGAUGAGAAUUCUCAAGAGUACAGAGAAGAGAUUUAUUUGAUGACUAAAGAUAAUGAAAAUGUUGAUGAUCCGUCUGAAGAUAGAGAAUUAUUGAAAGAACGGAAGCCUAAGAAGCAAAGGGGGCGUAAACCCAUCAGUGACAUUCCUCUCCACGUUUUGGGGCGCGAUAUAACCAAACCGACUGAAGGUGUAUCAAAUGGGGGUCGUUCUAUGCCCAAACCUAGACUAGGUGUGAAGGUCCCUUACAAAAAUUUGACGAGUCAGAUAGUUUCCAAAGAGGAAAUCGAGAAGGAAAUCAUGGAACGUUUCAAAUUGAAACAGGAGCAAAACUCAACCAACAGUGGCGAUAUUUUAUUCGCCAGGAAAUUAACACAACGUCUAGCCAAAAAACUAAGUGAGAAAGAAAAAGCCGAAACGAAGCCCCAAGAAGCCACCACUUCAGAGAAAAACGAUAAAAAUUCGUCAGAAAUCAAGAAUAAUUCGGAUUUGAUUGCGAUUCUUGAAGGUGUGGACGAAGACGUCGAAUUGAAGAAGAAACAAACCGAAGAGGAGAAGAAAGAAAUGGCUAAAAUCACAGAAAAAGAAAUUGCCUUACAACAACUGAAAGAAUUGCCUGGAAAAAAUAAGAUUUUCAAGAGUCGGAGUGAGAGUGACAAACCGGCAAGCCCUGCAAGUCCUCAGAAGGAAGUUUCCAAGGUUAAACCACCGUCACCACAGAAACCUAGCCCUGAGAAAAAAACAGUGGAAGCGGAACCUAGGCUUAAAACAGAUAUGGUCAUAAAAACGUACACUCGGAAACGCAAAUCAUUCGAUUUAGAGUCGAUUUUGCCAACCAAAAAAACAGUUGUGGCAACACAGAUUAAAUCUGAGGAUGGCAGCACACCAACUAACGUGUACAUAACGAAAAGUUCGCGUGUAAUUAAGAGGAAAGUCAUUUGGGACCCUGAUGAGGUCCCGGCCAAAAGCCCUGUUAAAUCCCCAAAAGCUGAACCUCCGGUUAAACCGGUCGAAAAGAAAGAAGAAAAGGAGAAAUCUCCUGAGAAGAAAACUGUCUCGCCGGUGAAAAAAAUCUUGAAGGCUUCACCGGUUAAAAAACCGAAACGUUUGACUGAAGUUGAUAAGUUACUAAUGGACGAAGGAGCUGUUAAUAUGCUUUAUGAUGUCAAGACUAAUGAAGAAACGAGUCCUGAUAAACAAAAGAAGAAAAAUACCAAAUCUGUUAUCAGUUUAGAUAAGGCGCACAAAGAAUUGAUGAGUAAAACUAGCGUUAUCAAGAACGAUCUUCAGCAGAACACGAGUGGUCAAAAGUCGUUACGAAAGAAAGAAGUGACUUCGCCCCCGAAGAAAGACGCCAAAGUGGCGACUCCUAGCGGCAUAACGCGGAAAAAAUCGAAAGAUUCGGCCCAGAGUUCGGUUCAUAGUCCCCCCUCGUCGCCUCCUUAUAACGCAGCGGAAGCCUCACGUAUCAUUCGUCGACAUUCAAGCAGUUCAUUCUCGAGCAACGAUGAAAUUGACGAUGAAGAGGGUGAAGAGCGGACAACGCGAAAGAAAUCUGUCGAAUCGCCGAAGAAAAAGUUAAAAAAGACGGAAAAACCCAAAGAAACAGCGAAAAAUAACAAUAAUGAUGUUAAGGCGAAUCAUGUGGAUAAGACAAUGGGACAGUACCAGUCGUUCACGGCAACUAAAAAAAAUAAAUUGGUAUCGAUUAAUUUACUAAACAUUGAUGGGAAAUGUUAUUUGAGCGAAGAGGUUUUGAAGGAGUUGACGGUGUGUUUGAAGGAGUUUGGAGAGGAUGAUAGUUGUCAUGUGGUGUCGAUAACGGCUGAUAAUAGCGAGUCGUUUUGUGAAGGGCUGGAUUAUAGAGCGUUGGUGGCGGAAGAUGAGGGUGGGAGGAAGAAGAGAGCCAAUGAGGUGGUGGCGUUAGUUAAGGAUUUCCUAAGGUGCCUUUUACACUUCCCCAAAGUCUUGGUGGCCGGAAUACAAGGAGAGUGCGUCGGUUUAGGCGUCACAAUGUUGCCGCUUUUCGACAUGGUGAUCGCGAGUGACACCUCGACGUUUAGUACGCCGUACUCGCGACUUGGUUUGGUACCCGAAGCGGGUUUUUUGCUCACAGUACCACAUCUGAACAGUAACGGACUGGCAAGCGAGUUGUUAUUUACGUCGCAAACUAUCAAAGCCGACGAUGCGUUCAGAAGGGGGUUAGUAACGAGGCUUUGCUGGCCCGAGAAGUACCAACAGGAGUUGAAAAGUAUGUUGGGGCAGAUCUCGAGCCAGUCGAAACAGAGUAUUGUAGCAGCGAAGCAGCAGUUGCGUCAGAAUAUCUUGCAAAGUACUGAAUCGGCUUUGAGUGCAGUUUGUAAAGUUCUGGUCGAGAACUGGACUAGUCCGGAGUGUCAGAAGAAUUUUUCGAAAUAGAAAUAGAAGUAGAUUAGAGGGAUGAAAAUUUGUUGAGGAAAAUAUCUAUGGUACAAACUGUUUUGUUUCAUUCUAGAGUAAGUGACUAAAUUACUGUAUGUACAUUUUCGGACUUGGAAAAUAAUAUUUUUUAUAUUUUCAUAAAUAGCGUAAGAUUCCCAUGUUUAAGAUAUCUACUAAGUUGUAUAAAAUCAAAGAGAACGUAAUUAAAGCGUUGUAGAAAAUUCAAGUUCACUUUCAUGCACGUUUUUAUGUCGUGUUUUCCAAAGAUGGUGCAAUUUUUGUCGUCAUGGGAGAGAUGUAUAGUUUGGUUUUUAAUGAGGACAUAGAUUUUUACAGUGUUGAAACUUUUAUGGUUAAUAUUUAUAAAUAAAACAUCUGAAUUAAUAUGUUUGGAUUGUUGAUUUCAUCGGCUUCCGUUUCUUCGAUUUUGCUUUUACUUUAGUUUUAAUUUUUCUGUUAUUAAUAGUAGAUUCGUUUUAGUAUUAUCUUUAUGCAAUAUAUUAUGUAA